GACAGCACAAACAAAACGAACCUGCCAUGCAGCACUUAGUAGCACAGUGCUUUCUUCUUUCAAUUUGGGCUGUUUUUUUUAGCUUUUGUCUGGGAGAGUCUAUGGCUCAACAGGAGAAUGAAGACACAUACAGAGCCCUGCAGCUUGAGGCUCUGAAGACAAGUAUUCUGGAGUUCCUAGGGAUUGACACACCACCUGGGCCUGGUGGAAAGCCUUCUCACCAGGACCUGGUUAGGAUGUUUCGGCAGUAUAGGAGAAUUAGACAACUGCUUAGAGGAAACUCCAGUCAAGCAGAGGACCUUCAGCAUACAAGAAAAGUCUCUACGGUGCUCUUUCCCACCAUAGUGGAGCCUCUUAAUUCUACAGUGGAAUUAAAGCAACAGUGGGUCGGAGUUGCCUUCCACAAGAACUCGCGCAUCAAAAAGGGACUCACCCUGAAAAAGGCCAGGCUGAAAAUUCAGAGACCACACAUGGACAAAAUUACACGCGGCCAGCCAUGGCUCACAAAGGACAUCCUGGUUAGAAUGCAUAAACCCCCUGGUUUUCAUACAGAGACCAUAUUUCAUACGAAGGACUUGAGCACUCGAGUUGUAAUGUUGGAUUUGACAGUCGUAGUUGAGAAGUGGCUUAAGGACACCAGCACAGAGCUUUUAAUUGUUGAAAUGUGCCUCAUCAAAAAACAAGAAGGAAGUGCUCCAUCCACUCCUCAGAUAAAAUUAGAACUUCUCCAACUGGCAAGGAGAUUCAGGAGAGCUCAGUCUGCUAAGGACGAAGGUCUUGAAAAUGAAGGUCACUGCAGGAGAAAGUCACUUAGUGUUUCCUUUAAAGAGAUUGGCUGGUCAGACUGGGUUAUUGCUCCCUCAAGCUACACAAUGCACUUUUGCGAUGGUUCCUGUCCACUUAAUUAUAAACCUGCCAGUAUUCAUACUCAAGUAAAGUCUCGUCUGCAUCUCCUGUCCAAGGGAACGACACCUCAACCUUGCUGCGUACCAGCUACCUAUGAGCCAAUGGUUCUAAUGCAUUAUGACAGUCGUGGAAAGUUAAAGCUUACGCCCUUCAAUGAUUUGUUAGUUAGCAAAUGCCACUGUGCAUGAACUGUCCUGGUAGAGUGUAGGAUUCAAUUGUAUCAUGUUUUUGAAGGAGACUGAUUAUCCACAGACUAUCAUGUUUGCAAAUGGUAGAGAAAAGAUCAAAAUGAAGCAAGAUGUAAUGAAAAACAAGCAAUGUCUCAAACUCAUUCGGUUACUUGCCAUACAUUUAUAAACUAGUUUGGUUUCUACACAAGCCAAACGCCAGAAGCCAAAUCCCUACUUUAUGCCUACUAAAUGCAGUAUAAGGUCACGUGAUUGGCAUACUGGAGUAUCAAGUUAUUUAUUGUAAAUAAUUAGUAAUGUUUUAUACAGUUCUUUGCUUUUUUGUUGCUAUUGCAAGUGAAUCAACAAACUUUUUGUAUAUUUCUGUAAGGAAAUAAUUAUAUAUUUUCAGUAUGAAUGUCCCUGUUCCCUAAAAACAUUUCAGUAAACACGAUUCAACAUCAUAUCUUAAUAUAAAAUGGAAUAUACUGUAUCUUCUCAUAUUUGUUGUACAAAAAACAUAGCAAGGCUGAGCUGCUGCUAUGAAAACUCUGGAAGAUAUAGGUGUUAAAAAGCUUUAAAUCUACAUAUAAAUUACCAGCUCAAACUGGAAUCUCUUGCAUAGACUAUUAAAUUGCAGAGGAUAGAUAAUCAGAAUGAGUCAUCUGUGUAUGACUCACUCUGAUCAUGUAACUAUGUGGUUGAACAAUUUAAAAUACAUUUGCACUAUAUACAUACAUGCCUCAGAGAAUGUGUAACCAUUCAAAAUGCAGUACAUUAUUUUACAAUAAACCUCUUACAAUAUCUUCUCAAUUCUAGAUAAUAUCUCAAGGUCAAGUCAUGCCAUAAACCAACUAAAGAUAUGGCUGCCCACAUCUUACAGUUGUAGCCUUGAAAAUAGACAUAAGUGACACACUUUGGCCAUGACCAAAGAGUUUCACCAAAGACAUGAGCUUCCUGACUUAGUGACACACUGUAAUCAGUGAUAACCUUUAACUGUUACCUUAAGGAGCUAUUUCUACCUGAUAGUUUUGUUGCUGUAACCUUAUGUAUUCUGGAUGGUUCAGUGAUUUUAAAUAAUAUUUAAAAUAUUUAAUUUAGAUGUUACAUGCACUCAAAAAAAAAAAAAAAAAAAAAAGAAAAAGAUUUUUGCAGGUUGAUCAUUAAUUAAUUAAAAUUAACUAGAGCAACAUAGUUCUAGAAUAUUUUGUCUUAAAUUUGUUGCGUUAAAUUCAAUUAAAUUUGUAUAAUUUAAGUUUACUUAACCCAUUUGAGUAAGGGCUACAUGAAUAUUUGUUGUAGCAUUGAUGAAACUGCCAGGGGAUUAAAAUUUCCCAGCAUGCUUUGCAGGGGACUGGAUGGUGUGAACAAAUGUUGAAACUAAAUGUAAGCGCAGCGUAGUUCUAGUGGGAAGACUAGCAGCAGUACAUCAUCGCACCAUAAGCUAGGUAACUCCUAGCCAAUCACAUGUAAGCCAUUACUUUAUAAGUCUGCUCACAUUCUAUCACAUUGCUGUUUCAGUGUGCUAACACGGCAACCUCCCCCACCCCACCACCACCAGUUGAGUCCCGUCCUGCACAGGGGUAGGCUCCUCACCUCUGCCUCCUAUCUCCGGCAGGAAAUGACAGUUCCAAGUACAACUUCUUCGGACCGCCAGACAGGGCUUACGCCAAAGAGAGACAUUACAUUUUCUGUUUUGUGUUCAUCAAAUAAUGUCAUCUUGAAUUUCACUCAAGUCUGCGAGUCUUCCUGAUAGAAGUGUUAUUUAUACAUUUUUGAGCAAGAUAAGAACAGAAUGAGUUUUGUUCAUGUUUACUGUUCUGUUUUAUCAUUUUUUUAAAGUAGUGUUUGUUUGGCUGGAGUUUGGGGGGUUACUAUUGCAAUGAAGACUGGUGCUUGUGCAGGGGUGUAAAAUAAUUGAGCAAACAGACAUAGGCAUUGUGCUUAUGUUGAAAUUUUGGGGAUUUGUACUUUACUCCAGUGCAAUUUAAACUGAAUACUUAUACUUUUACUUAAUUACAUUUCCAAAGAUCAUUUUUUACUUUUUACUCCUUAUAAUUUUAUUUAAAUUUGAAAGUACUCUAUUCAUUUUUGCAGAUCAUUUUAUUUCAUCUUACUGGAUUGAACCCGCCUUUUCACUGUAUCUGUUAAAUGACAGAUGACAGACCAGAGGUUAGUAAUUUUAAAUGAAGUGUCGCACAGCGGCUGUGUGGAGUUCUGACUAUCUGAAGAGGCAGAAUUUCGGAUCUGAUUUGAGCUUCGGAUAUGUUGAUAUAUUUGUGUGACUAGAACGCAUGUGAUCACCCGACUGAAUGUGAUGUAUUCAUUCAAAACUAUAUGAGCACAAAGUGAGAAACACUGAUGGUUUUUGUUCUAAACUUUAUUCUAUGCCUGCUACUUCUACAGAUUGGACAGUUAUGAAGUCAAAAACUAUCAUUCAUGUUGUAAAUAUAUACAGUUUAAAAACAAAAGGCAUUUUUUUUUUUUAUUUUAUUUUAUUGAAGACAGACAAAAAUAAAUUUAACCACAAAAUUAUGCAUUAAGAAUCAACUUAUAACCCUUUAUACUGCCCCAUUUUCUGCCAUAACUCGACAGGUUCCCCAGCCAUCUGGAAGUCAUCUCCUCGAAAGCUGCCACUUUACCCAACUUGGUGCACCACUCACGAAAUGAGGGUGCAUCAGUUAACUUCCAACCGCUAAGGAUUAGCUGUCUGACAAUCAUCACGCUGAUUAGGACCCAGCUUUUCAAAUAUUUAUCUCCUAUAUUCAGGACUCCUCCAUCACCCAAAAUACAAAGUCUGGGGCAAAAUGAAAACUGAGUGUCCAGUACAUCACACACAAAAUGAUGGAUCCUCAACCAAAAUUCCUGAAUCUUAAUACAACCACAAAAAACAUGGAUUGUGUCCCCGUCUUCUGACUGCAUCGCCAGCAGGUGGGUGUGUCUUUAAGACCAAGCCUAUACAAUCUAGAGGGUGUCCAGUAGAACCGAUGCAAAAUCUUAAAUUGCAUAAUGCGCACCCUUGCGUCUCUAGAUGCAGACUUGACGUUUUUUAGAAUCCUAGCCCACACGCCCUCCUCCAAUAUCAAGUUUAAAUCUUUCUAACAUAAUCUCUUGAUAGAAGCUAAAGCUCCGAUCCCCAGACUCUGAAUUAGCAGUGAGUAAUACACUGAUGCCUCAUGACCUUUUCCAAAAGCAGUAAUCAUCACUCCCUGAGUAUCUGCCGCUUUAGGGGGUGUAUGCUACUCCCAAAAACAAUACAGAGCAGGUGGCGCAGCUGUAAAUACCUAAACAACUGAGAUCUGUGAAUCCCAAAAUGUUGAACCAAAUUUUCAAAAGAUCUCAACACUCCACUCUCAUAUAGGUCACCGAGUGUAGAAACCUCCCUCACAAUCCACUCCGACCAGCAGAAAGGGGACUUAUUAAUACAUAAUUUAGGGUUCAGCCAUAUGCUUGAGGCAACAUUUAAAUAAAUGUCCGAAUUAAACACUCUGGACACUUUUGUCCAUACCGAAUGCAAAUGUGAGAUAACGGAGUGUAACUUAACUUCUCAGAUUAGUUUGAUAGAAAGGUUUUGCAAUGGCUAAAUAGUGGCAAGAACUUCUUGUUCAAUACAAAACCAGGGAGGGGCUCUCUCAGGUGGAAGCGACCAAUGAGCCAAAUGUCUGAGACCGAAUGCAUAAUAAUAAAACAUAAUCUUGGGUAGGCCUAGUCCACCAUUGUCAAUCGGCCUAUGUAACUUAUUGAAAUUUAAUCUGGGACAUUUACCAUUCCAAAUGAAGGAUUUUGCUAUGCUAUCAAAUUGCUUGAAAUAAGAUAAGGGUCAUCUACAGGGAGAGACUGUAACAGGUAGUGCAAAAAUAUUUCAGAUUCUGUAUGUUAUUUUAAUAAUAUUAAUUUGUUAUAUAUGGCAGUCAACUAAUGACUCACCUUUCGCAGUUUGUUUUAAGCAAAUUAAUUAAUAAUUUGUUAGAUACCAUGCAUUUUUAAAUAAUAUAUGUUGUGAAUAAAGUGUAUUCAUUUAUUUUUAUUCACUGGUACAACAGAAAAAGAGCUUUUGCCAUCAUUCAUUGUGUAUUUGUUUGAGUCUGGCUUCUGCUGUAUUUUGUUUCCCAUUUGAAAGCGUGACAUGUCGUUGUAACGAAUGCCAAACUCGGAGGUACGAGCUUCCUAGGUCCACUUGAAGGCAGCAUAAGGCCAAGUUGCGAAUACCACUGGAGAGAAAUAUGGCAAUUGUCAGAGACAGUAAAAAGGCGACUUAACAAACCAAUUGAAUUUAACAACAUCCACUCUCACAUAAUCUCCUCUCUUGAUUUCAUUCUAGUUAGGAAAAAAGUUACUUUUUACUUUUUUAAUAACUAAGUACAAUUUAAUGUGAAUACUUUUUUACUUUCACUCAAGUAUGUUUAUGGCUAGAUGCUUGGACUUUUAAUUGAGUAAAAUGUUCUCAGUAUCCAUACUUUCACUUAAGUAUAAUUUCUGAAUACUUUUUAACACCCCUGUGCUUGUGCUUUGAUUGAGGAUGGACUUGCACUUUCAAGUGAUGUUUGAUUUGAAUGCUGCUUAGCUCUUUAAGCAGUUGCUAUAAAAGGGCAGCAGUUUCACUGUCCUUACACUUGCUCACAUAGCAUAUACUAACGAUAAAAAAAAUUACUAAUUUGAACCAACAUAGGACAAUUAAUUAAAUAAACCUUAGUAAAUUUAUAAGAUUACAUUAGACCAACAUAAAAAAUAAAGUUUGAUUAACCUAAUAAAGUUGAGUUAAACCAAGACAUGGGUCAAUUGAUUUGACAUAAUCCAACUGAAUUAUGUUGGUUUAAUGAAACUGAAUUAAUUAGAAGUAACUUAAUUCAAUUGCUUGUAAAAAACUUGCUUAAAUUAAAUUAAGUAAAGGUAAUGAAUUCAUUUUCUGAGUGUGAAGCAACUUUUUCAGUGAAGUGAACCAUAGCCCAUACAAAAUUGUAUAGUCUACAGGAUUUGUUGUCUCUAAACAUUGGAGAUACAUUAUCGGAUGUAUUAUUAUGACAUAAUCUAAUAACCUAACUGAUCAUCAUAUCAAUAGUAAUUGUAAUCUAAACAAGAUCAAACAAAGCAAUAAAUAAAUACAGUUCCUUGUACUUCUUUUGUUAAGAAAAACCACCAGUUCACGCAUCAAUAAAAUUGUCUCAAUAGCUCACUGUAGAUACUAAUAGUUAUCUGAAAAAAAAAAAAAAGCUGACUCAGCUUAAGCUUUAUUUUUUACUAUUCUUACAAGUUGUAAUUAAGUUACCAUUACUCUCUAAACCCUAAAGAUGUCAUUAAUAAAAACUCAAGUGCUCCUAAUUGAACAGUACUUGAAUUGUCACAUUUUGGAAUCAUAACUCAAAUAUAUACGUUCUUUAAACUUUGGCUUCGAGUACCAUUAACUCAAAUGUAUCAAGUACAAAACUGCAGCUGUGUGGAAUACCCAUAAGCCCUUGCGCUAGAAUAAAUUAUGUAUAUUUGGUCAAAAUUAGAGAACUUAUGGAGAAAUAAGAAGUAACCAGUGUGCCAUAUGGCUCACCUAGAGUCCAGUCAUAAUUUCCCUUUUACUGUAUAGGACAUGCUUUAACCCCAUUUAAAUAAUUAAUUACAGAUGAGUUAAGUUUACUUGUAACUAGUUAACUAUACUUAAACAAUUAGGUUCACUUUACUUGAGCCAAAUAAAUAAGUUUACUUAGAAAAAGCAUGCAUACUGAUUGCCUUUUAUUUAAAUUUAAGUAAGGUAUACUAAUUCGAUUGUGAUGUGUAAUGUGUUCUGAAUUAAGCUUGAUAAAACUUGUGGUGACAUAAAUAAGCAUUUGCUCUCAACUUUUUAACUGGAAAUGCAGUGAAUGUGCAGUAGAUUCUAAGGAAAGUCCCCCAUCUGAUUAUAGGGUGUACAGCCUGCGACAUUUACUUUGACGUAGAUAAUAGUAUACAGAGUAUUACCUAGAAAGUCACUAAACAAAUGUCCAGCUGCCGGACUGUGAUAUCUAAAGUCUGAAUCUGACAAGAGACUGAUUUUGUCUUUAAUCGUAAAUAUGAAGGCACUGCUACCACCUAAAGACACAAAUUAGUGAGACCAGAUGUCAAUAUAAUUUUUCAAUAUCUGAUCGCUGGCAACAGUGAGUGGCCUUUAUGGAUAGACAAUUACUUUGUUAGACAAUUACUCUUUCAGGGCUCAUGCAUUUCAGUUUUAAUGGUGACAUUAUUGGGCACAGUAAAGAAUGGCAUAAUUAUUACUGCAAAUCAACUUCAAAGAUUAAAAAUGUAGUUUUGUGUAUAUGAGGCAUGUAACAUAGCAUAAUUGUUUCUGCACUUGAAAAAAUAAGCAAAGACACUUUAAAAAAAACUAAAACUUUUGAAUGGAAAAGAG